AUGAAGAUUCAAGAGAGGCAGGUAGGCAGUGGAUCGGUAAUCGACAAAUUGUCGGAUAUCCAAAUGAGAAAGGUCACCGAGGGCGGUGGAUCAAGCGAUGCGGAUGGUGCAUGCUUGUGGACAACCUCCUCUCGGCUCUUGCAGAUGGUAACCACAAAAGUCAAAUCGGCGUUGACACCCAGAAACAACUGGACACCGGAAUCUUGCGCUCCAAUGGGCGGCGUUGCCCGGUUAAAGACUGCGCUGUCAAUCUGGUUUGCUCCAAAGCUCAGAGGGAAAUACGAGUACGUCGUCCAACAUGGCAAAGCAACCAUAGGACUUGUACGGAGUAUGCGCAGUAAUGGUGAUGUGCCAUACGGUGGGUGGAACGUUUGCAGCUGCAGGGUUGGUGGGAUAGACGGUUUAGAAUGUAUCUGGACAGCAAAGCGAGGGAAAGCAAUUACAUUGGAAACUAAACCUUGGGAGGGAAUUGCUCGAAUAAUACUCUGCAUUAUUGAUCAUGGUGGUCCUUUGAUGUUCCUCCCCGCCCCACGACCUGAAUACCAUUGCAUUCCAUGUGUUCGCAAAACCAUGAUAGAAAUGCCUGGUAGUGACGAAUUUCAUGGAUAUCGUAGCCACCAACCAGUGGACCGCAAAGCGGACACUCGAACAUGGGCAUCACCCCACAAUCGCAUGUAUUUUCCAGCUGUGUUGAUGUGGCGUAGGAAAAUAGCUCGGAUCCAGGCAUCGACAAGGAUUGAGCAGGGAAGCCAGCGCUUACUCCUCCGUAGACGCCCAGAAAACGCGAAAGGGGUUUCAAGGUUGAAAGGCCCAUCAGCGAGCGGACUUGGACCCCCUUACGGCAACAACGAACAAGACGGAGGAUUCUCGAUAUCGGAUGCUGAGUAUCUUGUGACAAAGUACGGAGUACUCUGUAUGGUAACUGUAGUUCUCCCCCGUAUUGGGACCAACAGCGAAGUAUUUUUGGGUCCUGGAACUUGGUGGGCAGGGAGGGAUAUCAAAAUGUAUCACUCCAUACGUAGUACACCCUUAUCCUUCACCGCCGGCUCUAAAAGAGUAGAGGCAGCUGGCUUCCGCAUAGCGGCCGUUUGCUGCCAGACAAGGCUCGCGAUUGGUGUUCAGGGGCUGAGACUUGUUUCUCUUUCCCAUUGGACCCGAAGGCGCAUUAGCUCUCGAGAGCCGUAUGGAAGGGGUGUUAUCGAUAGGCUGGAAAAUUGUACCAGCAGCAGGCUGGAGCUGCUGAGGGGGAAGACGGGACUGAUCCCGCUAACUCCUCUCCAAACCCGCCGCCCCUCGUUCUUCCUGCAUGCACCGAGCAAUCAGAGCGCAGAUGAUGUUGGCUUUGUGCUCUGUUGCCGACCCGCUGGCCUGGACAAACAGGUGAAGUCACCGGUCCUAGCUCUUUUCCCCCCUCUUGGCGGGCUUUCGCCUCUGUCGAAGAGGAAAAGCAAUGUUUGUGGAUGGGAGGUGAGGCUGUCGUCGUUUUCGCUCCGUCGAGAACUUUGGAACUCCUUUCUCCGUAAGCCCACAAAACCCGACCACAAGAUUGCUCGAUCGGCCUCGAGACGUGCAACGUCCCAGGCAACUGCGGUCAUCCGGUUGAUUUGA